GAUUAGAUAACACGAGAUAACAGUGGUCAGACCCUAUCGAGUUUCUUUCCGUGCUACCACUGCACACCAUUAACAAGCAAAAUGAAGUUAUUUCUGUCAAUUUUCCUCACACUAAGUGCUAUUACUGUUCUCGUUGUCGCUGCACCCAAUCCAGAAUCUUCUGGUCCGGCACAAGAUCAACAAGUACAAGAGACUGAAAACCAGGAGGCCGUAGACUCUGCUGAAGCGAAGGUUACCACGCCAGCAGUAAUUUCUAAAGAGGACCUUAGUAAAGCAACAUCUGAUAAAAAGGCACCUACAGUACCUCUUGGAGCAGGCAUUGCUCUGCCUGUCAAAGCCAAAAUUGCCAAACAAAUUCGACAUGCAAAAGCUAAACCUAAAUCAAAGUCUAAAUCUCCAAAAACGUCUGCCCCAGAGAAGACGCCAGCAAAGGCAGCGACACCGCCCGUGAAUGUAAAAACAACUGCCAAGAUAGAGACUGAACCUGAACAAAUAAUACCAGCCGCAGAAGAGGAAAAACCUGCUACAGCAGAGACAGAACCCAAACCAGCAACACCUGUGGAUGUAAGAACAACUAAUCUAGUUUUACCAGCCACAGUAGAACUAACAGCUGAUGAAGAGAUAAAUCAGCAAAGAGAAGCAAUAGCACAAGCAGAAGAGAAGACAACACCCGUUAGGGUAGAUAUGGACCCAAAAGUAGAAAUUCCAGAAGUAACUGAAGCAACUGAAGAAAAUUUAAAUACUGAACAAUCUGCUCAAGUUGAACAAUCCCCCCAACCUACUGAAGAUAAACCCACUCACAAACAACCUGCUGAAGAUAAAUCGAUUCCUUACCAACUUACUCCUGACCAACCUGCUGUUGAUAAGCCAACUCCUAAACAACCUGUCGAAGAUAAACCAACUCCUAAACAACCUGCCAAAUCCAAACCAACUCCUAAACAGCCUGCCAAGGGAAAACCAACUCCUAAGCAGCCUACUCAAGAUAAACCAACUGCUAAACAGCCUGUUAAUACUAAGCCAACGCCUAAACAACCUGCUAAGCAACCUGCCAAAGAUAAACCAACUCCUAAACAGCCUGUUAAUACUAAGCCAACUCCUAAACAGCCUGCCAAGCAACCUGCCGAAGAUAAACCAACUCCUAAACAUUCUGCCAAGCAACCUGCCGAAGAUAAACCAACUCCUAAACAGCCUGCCAAGCAACCUGCCAAAGAUAAACCAACUCCUAAACAGCCUGCCAAGCAACCUACCGAAGAUAAACCAACUAAACAGCCUGUUAAUACUAAGCCAACUCCUAAACAGCCUGCCAAGCAACCUGCCGAAGAUAAACCAACUCCUAAACAGCCUGCCAAGCAACCUGCCGAAGAUAAACCAACUCCUAAACAGCCUGCCAAGCAACCUGCUGAAGAUAAACCAACUCCUAAACAGCCUGUUAAUACUAAGCCAACUCCUAAACAGCCUGCCAAGCAACCUGCCGAAGAUAAACCAACUCCUAAACAACCUGCUAAUACUAAGCCAAUGCCCAAACAGCCUGCCAAGCAACCUGUCGAAGUUAAGCCAACUCCUAAACAACCUGCCAAGCAACCCAUUGAAGAUAAACCAUCUCCUAAACAGCCUGCCAAGGGAAAACCAACUCCUAAGCAACCUACUCAAGAUAAACCAACUCCUAAACAACCUGCUAAUACUAAACCAACUCCUAAACAGCCUACCAAAGAAAAACCAACUCCCAAGCAGCCUGUAAAGGUUGAGCCAGCUCUAAAACAACCUGUCAAAGAGGUAGGAACUACUAAGCCAUUUACAACGAAGCCGACUCUUCAUCCCACGGAGAAGAAACCAGUGCCUCCGCUUGCAGUGGCUCAAACCGCAAUGCAUGGGAAAGAUAAGACAAAACUACCUGCAAAGAAACAGCCUGUUACGCACCCCAAGGCGAUUCCAGCUGAGUAUGACUUUGACGAUGGAAUCGAGGACAACAAAGGCUUGAGUCCCCACGCCAAGGUGGGCCUCGUAUCCGCUGUCAUCAUUGUUCUGGCAAUUACAUCCACUGUGAUCGGAGUGUGGUACAGGAAAAUCAGCCUUAACCAGCAGAGAUACCGGUACCAUUCUCUACUCACUGACACCGACGAGGAGUUCAGCGUAUUCAACAGAACGGCCUACCACUCCAUAGACGCGGGUUCCUACGACUCUUGGAAGGAACACAACUACUAACUUUCAAGAACAAGACUGUAUUUAAUUUCACUCUCUCUCUCUUGGUAAUGAUCAUUGUGUAUUACCGAUUAAGGAUGUUGAUUACCGAUGUGGAAUACAUACUAUGCUUUUAAGAUAUGUGGAGAAGUGAAGAUCUGCAACACUGAAAUGUCAUUGUUGCCGGAUGGUGGAUAGUAGAUGACUGAAGGUUAGAGACUAUGUCGCAGUCUUAGUAAAUUAGAUUGUCAUAUAUACUAUAGAAUAGCGAUUCCCAAACUUUCCUUUUAUGUGGCUCUAUGUGUUUACACAUAUAGCCACACACAUCCGUAAACUCCAUCGUUCCUGUCAUCUUUUCAGAUUGAGUUAUUAACGGUUUUGAAUAAUUUACUGGUGCCAUUAGCUAUAGGGCAAGAACACGAUUUUUCAACUUAUUCAUAUGGGAAAGACAUAUGUAGGGCCUGCAGUGCAGUGCUACUCAUUAUUUUCACCUUGCUCAAUAGUUUCCAGGUUUGUAGCUUUACGAAGUGUUGAUCAACAGGACUUGUAAAUACUGUUAUUUUAACUGUCAUGUUGGUCCCUCAACCGAAAUUUUACUUUACUGUUUACAAGUUAAAUUUUUAUUUUUGCUCAUCUUCAAUACUUAUUCAUUAUUAAGUUACUACAUGAUACUCCGUAACAGAAAUACUCAGAAGAAAUUUUGAAUCCAUCGAAAUAUUUGUCAUGAUUACAAGUUGGAUUUUAUUGUGAUAUUGUUGUUCCCUUUGAAUGGGCAUUGUAAAUUCCAUGGGAAACAACUGAAUCGGGCUAACCAGAGUGAAUUUAGUUUCAUCAGUAACGUCGCUGUAUUGUAUAGGUCAGUGCCUCCAUUAAUUCCUCAAUGAGCUCAGAGAUCAAAUGUUGUACUUUCAGGUAUCUAGUUUAUAGAGAAAGAUUCUUAUUUCUUGUUAUUUCUUCUUGAAUGUCGUAGCUAUACUUGCCACGUGAUUUUGUAGUGUACCUGUUAUUACCUUCAUAAAUACUACACUCAUGUUGAUAAAAUGUUAAAUACUCUUUCAUUUCAUAAUAUAACCUUAAAGCCACAUUUCUGUUAACAGUAAGGACCUUGAAGUAAACUUGUUUCUUAAGUGAAUUACAGAAUUAUAUACUUUACCAAUCUUACGUCUGUUAACUACUACGAUAUGUAUACAAUAUGGUAAUGAAUUAUUCAUACAAUAUUUAGUGCCUCCUAGAGUACACGUAAAGUGAAAGGGUUUUUAUGAAGAAAAAAUAUAAUCCUCACCAAAAGAACUAUUAUAACAGUGACGUGGAAAUUUCAACAUAUGAAGUCGUAAUCCUUAAUAAAUAUCUAUCGACCUCUCUACUUAUUUAGAAUUUAGAAGCAAGAUAAAACAAGACGGCAUGUCACACCAAAAAUAUCUAUUGUAACAAAUGUAAUUAAACUAAAUUAAAAAUUAAUAAAUAAAAAAAUCUGA